CACCUCCGGCGACCUUCUGCUCCGUUUUCGCUUCCGCCCGUAAAACCGCAGGAUUACGUUCGUUGCCCGACGAGCAAACGUUACGCGUUCGUUAACACGCGAAUGGACGUGUUUUCUUCGAGUUUGCGCGUAAUGGUAUUCGAUAAGAAUCAGCACGAGUUCUAUAAACGCGCACGAGCGGAUGGUUAAACAUUUCGAAAAACCUGUCGGUCGGUCGUCGUCGUCGCGACUUCUGGACAGACCGAUAUUCUUGGAAAUCGUGGAGAUCGAGAUACGAACGAGCCGACUCUUACAGGCAGAGAUCCGCGGCGAGCAGUUUUCUAUCCGACGGUGGUGCGCGAGUCGAGUUCCGACGAACCUCGACUGGUCGUUGCCAGAACGUGGACGCGCGUGUAUAGCCUGCGAACCGACGAAGUAUCGGGCAAAGACGAACAACGUUCGACGAGAAUCUCGACGUUUCACGCCUUACGCCUUACGCCACGCGACGAUAACUCGACGAUAAUUGAGUCGGUCGCGUCGACUUGGUUCCAACGAUAAAACUGUCGUUGUUGGUCACUGGCCGUGUUUAGUUUGGCUAAGCGUCGCUCCACAUCCAUUAGCCGAGGCGUUGACUACCUUCGGUCGGUUCAAUUACGAUUUCGUGAUCUAUCAGAGGCGUGAAAAUAGAAUGUCGAGCGUCGGAUCGAAAAACGCAUUUGGCUGGUCAGAUGAUAAUUAGCGUCCGAAAUGGGAGCACUGGCGAGCAGAAAAUAAGCGACUAAUUGUUGCCAACGAACCGCGCCGCGUAAAUUUUACCUGUUCGCACCCAAAUUAACGAUCGUGACUAUCUUUGCCCCGGUUGGUUAAAAGCCUCGCGUACGAUUCACCUACGUUUUCUUCGAAUUUCGCGUCGUUAAGAAAAAGGCGAUAGCAAUUAGAUAUUUACUCGGAAGCGAUAAGCGAGGUGCUUGCCAGCGUGGACGAAGAGGAAAGAAAAUUAUCGGGUUGGACGAAGAAUCCGCGUUAAUUUUCAAACGAAAAAGUAGCAUCGCGGACGAACGAUUUUUCUACGAGGGAACGUAAAUUGCUCCUGUUUUUGUCUCCGUGAACUCGUCCGGUGCUUUCAGCCGGUAAUCACAUUAGCACCGUUAACGACGCCAUUACAGCUCCCGUAGCAAUCUAGAGAUUCUUAAUCGUUCCCAAGAACAAGUUUUGCCACAUAGAGUGGGCGAGGUGGAAAACAUUAAAUACGAACUGCAAUUAGAUUCAUAGGACCUCUAUCGCCGCCGUCCGUAAUCAUUGUUUCGCGAAUACGUUCUACGUCUUGCAAUGCUACCGGAUAAUGGAGAAAAAAAAUUUGCAUUAAUAAUACGCCGAUGUAAAAGCGUGCUGUAGUAAAACGGCUACGUGAAAUCGAUUCAGGCUCGCGGCGAUGUAGCGUGUUCGCUAUCCGAAGGAUAUUUCAACGACUUAAUAAUGAAAUUCGCCCAACGAUAAACGUUAAUGCCGGGUAAUGGUGCUCGAAUCUCUGUCCAAGUUCGUGUUCGAUUCGACGUUCCAGUUAUCUUGUCCGUGUCAUCUCUUUCUCUCUCUCUCUCUCUCUCUCUGCCUCCUCUUCUCUCACUCUCUCACUCUUUCUCUCCCUCUUUCCCUCUUUCCCGUAUUCGUCGGUUUAGGUACCAGCCAGGAAUCUAGAAGGAAGCGCGUCAACUCGUGUAACGCGAUCGUUAUUCGGCUCGUUCCGUCGAUCCUUUUGAACAACAUCCUUCGAACGGCCGGGUGGUGACAGGAUUCUGGGUGGUCGACUGUCGGUCGUGGCAAAAGGAAGCUGACGUCAGUAGCUCGGUCAUAUUUCUUCUUGCCUUAAGAUCAUGGAACGUGGGACCACCUCUUGGCACGCUACGGCCAGAGUUUUAACUCCUUCCGUUGUCCGGAAAGCUUCCGGAACGAGAACGUCACCGGUGAACAUCGUGGCAACCGCGACCGUUGUGACGGACGAAGCGUUGCUCGCCGACGACGAGGUAGACAACUGCGAAGGCGAGAGCGAAGGGACGGAGAAAUCAACUCAAGAAGAGGAUGAAGAGGUGGACGUGGACGUGGAGGAGUGCAGCAGCAUCGACGACGGGCCGGUUCACGGCGUGCCGGAUGAUUUGAGCACAACGACAGCCUCGACGAGAAAUUGCCAAGACGGUUACAACGAGCACGAACGGAAACACCGACUCCGAACCAGUUGCAACUCCGACGAGCUCCGGGACGUCGAGUGUCAUCUCGAAACGAAGGAACUGUGGGACAAAUUUAACGACCUCGGCACGGAAAUGAUCAUUACGAAAACGGGCAGACGAAUGUUCCCGACCUGUCGUGUAUCGUUCAGCGGAUUAAAAUCGGAAGGCAGGUACGCGGUGUUGAUGGACAUCGUGCCAGUGGACAACAAACGAUACCGAUACGCGUACCAUCGUAGCUGUUGGUUGGUCGCGGGGAAAGCGGAUCCACCGGCGCCGGCGCGGCUCUACGUUCACCCGGACUCACCGUUUACCGGGGAUCAGCUACGAAAGCAGGUGGUCUCGUUCGAAAAGGUCAAGCUGACGAACAACGACAUGGACAAGCACGGCCAGAUCGUUUUGAAUUCGAUGCACAGAUAUCAACCGAGGAUACAUUUGGUACGCUGUCGACAAACGGACGACAACAAUCUUCGUAUAACCGAUCUUCAGAAGGAGGAGCACAAAACGUUCAUAUUCCCCGAAGCAAUUUUCACCGCGGUGACUGCCUACCAGAAUCAGUUGAUAACCAAGCUGAAGAUCGACAGCAAUCCGUUCGCCAAAGGUUUCCGAGACUCGUCGAGACUGACGGAUUUCGAUCGAGAUCCGAUGGAGCUGAUGGAGCAACAGCUGGUGAGGUGCGGCGUGGCGCCGGUCAGGUUGUACGAGCACCUCGCGAUGUCGUCUCCGGCCGCGGCGGCAGCAGCCGCGGCUGCGGCAGCGGCAGCCGCCGCCCUCGGUGCUCAGCAACAUCAGCAACAACACCAUCAACAGUCGCAGCAGCAGCAACAGCAGCAUCAACAACAACAACAGCAACAGCAGUCGCAGCAUGAGAGCUCGGCUCACGCUUUGCCCCCGUGGAUCGCUCCGUCGACGGCGCUCCUCUACGGAACUGUCGGCCAAACGCACCCUGGAACUAGGCCGGCGACCGGAACGACGUCUCCGUAUCCGACCGCGGCGACUACCGCGUCUUUUCCCUACCCCGCGGCCCUGCCCUGGCCCUGGCAACCACCACCUCCCGUCGCCAUGAUAUCGCGAAGAUCUUCUCCUCCCAGCGCGACCGCCGCCUCCCUCAGGUACACCCCGUAUCCUCCACCCGCAAGCACGCCCCCGCCAUUAAGAACCCGUCCAUCCACCCCCAAUUAGCGAUCCACCUCGGACGUUUUUCCUUAACGAUAUCGACGCGUUCUGCCAGCCUACUCGUCUUGUUGUUCGCGUCAAAACGAUUUGGACAGCCGAUGGAAGGUGUGGUAAACGCGGUGCAGCCAAAGAAGAAAUCCUCGAGCCAAGGUUUUGCGCGCGUCGAUCGGGGAAACCGCUGCUCCGUUGCGACGCCCAGAAGCGUUCGCGUAGACGUUAUCGCGCGGAUGAUCGCAUGUGCGGGUUUCGUCGAUUUGUACAGAACGCCAGGCGUCGCGCAGCUCGGUUUCUCGUUCUCUCGACGUGCGAGGAGGAAGCAUCCCGAGAUCGUCAUCGCUUCGUCCAGUGUUAUUUAAGUUAGCUUUAGACAAACGACCUGUACUUGUUUGCUCUCUAUGUACGCGUAAUAUAACCGGUAGACUGUCCGUCUUUAAAUUCGGGAAGCUGGAGGGUUCGCGUUGACUGUGCGCCGGAAGAAUUCCCCCUUCCUUCCUUCCUCCCUCAAUUCCGAUCGAUUUGUACAUAAAAUACGCCGAGUCGAAAGAUACGCGAAAGGAAGAAAAGCGACGGAGAAUGGACAAAGACUCGGCUAUAGUUGUAAUAUAUACCACGAUAGUAUUAACGCGUGUUUCCUCGAGACGGUGAUCUUUGUACAUAAAAUCUUUUGUGGUAGCGAGUAGCGUAAACGACGUAUUCACGAUGUAGCACGGAUAGAAAUAAACGAAUUUUCAUUAA